AUGUCAUCACCUCGACCUAAAGAAACGAGGAAACAGUCUGCGAGAUCGGUAUUCUGUGCGCUGGCUGCAGGCGCUGUAGCGGGUGCAGUUGCGAAGACAACCAUUGCACCGUUGGAUAGGACGAAAAUCAACUUUCAAAUUUCCAGUCGACGCGGUUACUCGUUCAAAGCGGCCGUCAAGUUUAUCAAAUUAACAUAUCAAACGACCGGAUUCAUCUCGUUAUGGCGAGGCAAUUCGGCCACGAUGGUUCGAGUUAUUCCGUAUGCAUCAAUUCAGUUUGCAUCACAUGAGGAGUACAAACGAAUCAUGCGGGUUGAUAAGGACGGAGCUCGGACACCAGUGAAGCGAUACGUGGCUGGCUCGUUGGCCGCAGUAACGGCGACAAUUUGUACAUAUCCACUGGACACUGCAAAGGCACGAUUGGCUACAUCAACGAAGGCUGAAUUCGUUGGUUUGGUGGAUGUUUUUGUGAAAAAUUAUCAACGACAUGGAAUUGGAACAUUCUAUCGAGGAAUGUGCGCAGCAUUAGCUGGUGUUAUACCGUAUGCUGGUGCUAGUUUUUUCACUUUUGAAUCGUUGAAAAUUCUCUACCAAGAAAGAACGGGUCAUAUAGUAUCGCCAAUUUAUCGGUUACUAUUCGGCGCUUUCGCUGGACUAGUUGGGCAGUCGUCGUCGUAUCCGUUGGACAUCGUUCGACGGCGUAUGCAAACUGGUCGUUUACCAGCGGGUCAGAAUAUGCUCGUUUCGUUGUAUAAAAUUUAUAAGAGUGAAGGUAUCAGACGUGGUUGGUAUAAGGGUCUUUCAAUGAACUGGGUCAAGGGUCCAAUCGCAGUCGGCAUAAGUUUCACGGUUUAUGAUUACGCAUUAAUGUAUAUAAAAGCAUUAAUGAGAGUCGAGCAACACUUGGAAGAAGUGGUUAUAAAGAAGGUCGAAGAAGUGGAACAUUCUUGGAAUGGACAUCAUCAUAAUAGCAGUUUUGAGAGUGAUAACAAUCAUAAAGAUAAUAAUAUUGUUAUUGGUAAUGUUAAAGAUUCAGCAAAACAAAGCUCGUAG